CUCUUCUGAGUGACAGAAGCAGGGGCGAGGCCUCCCCAGGGCCGUCUCCUGGGACCGCCUGGGACCACAGCAGAGACGCAGGGUGGCUAGAGGCGAGAGAGGUGAACGCGGCCUGUGCCUGCCUGGGUGAGAGACCCUUGCCACUCACGCCCCGGGAACACUGGCGGCCAUGGCCGUGGCCCAGCAACUGCGGGCUGAGAGCGACUUUGAACAGCUUCCCGAUGACGUAGCCGUCUCGGCCAACAUUGCCGACAUCGAGGAGAAGAGGGGCUUCACCAGCUACUUUGUUUUUGUCAUCGAGGUGAAGACUAAAGGAGGAUCCAAGUAUCUCAUCUACCGCCGCUACCGCCAGUUUUACGCCUUGCAGAGCAAGCUGGAGGAGCGCUUUGGGCCCGAGAACAAGACCAGCCCGUUCACCUGCAGCCUGCCCACACUUCCGGCCAAAGUGUACGUGGGUGUGAAACAGGAGAUCGCUGAGAUGCGGAUUCCUGCCCUCAACGCCUACAUGAAGAGCCUCCUCAGCCUUCCCAUCUGGGCGCUGAUGGACGAGGACGUCCGGAUCUUCUUCUACCGGUCAUCCUAUGACGCGGAGCAGGUACCCCAGGCGCUGCGCAGGCUCCGGCCACGCACCCGGAAAGUCAAGAGUGAGUCUCCACCAGGCGCCCUCUUUGACCGCAUGGCUGCUCCGAGAGCAGAGGCCCUGUUUGACUUCACUGGGAACAGCAAACUGGAGCUGAAUUUCAAAGCUGGAGAUGUGAUCAUCCUUCUCAGUCGGAUCAAUAAAGACUGGCUGGAGGGCACCGUCCGGGGAGCCACGGGCAUCUUCCCACAGUCGUUUGUGAAGAUCCUCAAGGACUUCCCGGAGGAAGACGACCCCACCAACUGGCUCCGCUGUUUCUACUAUGAGGACACCAUCAGCACCACCAAGGACAUCGCGGUGGAGGAAGACCUCAGCAGCACUCCGCUAUUCAAGGACUUGCUGCGGCUCAUGAGGCAGGAGUUCCAGAGGGAGGACAUCGCCCUCAAUUACCGGGAUGCCGAGGGGGACCUCGUUCGGCUGCUUUCAGAUGAGGAUGUGGCACUCAUGGUGAGACAGGCCCGAGGUCUCCCCUCCCAGAAGCAUCUCUUUUCCUGGAAGCUACAUGUCACCCAGAAGGAUGACUACAAAGUCUACAACACUGCCCCCUGAGCUGAUGGGGACUAAACAAAUAAUAAAUAAAUAAAUAAAUAAAUAAACUUUAAAAAUAAAUACAAGUAUCUUUAUUUAUUUUGGGGAAAGAGAGAGAGAGAGCAAGUGGGGGAGGGGCAGAGAGAGAGAGAGAGAGAGAGACCCAAGCAGGCUCUGCACUAUCAGCACGGAGCUCAACACGGGGCUCGAACCCAGGAACCGCGAGACCAUGACCUGAACCAAGAUCAAGAGUUGGACGCGUUACCGACCGAGCCACCCAGGCGCCCCUCAAAGUAUCUUUCAAGUACAUUCCUCAGGAAGAAGACAGCGGAUCCUCGAGGGACGGGCUGAGCUGCAUGAACACAUGAUAAGCAAAAGCAGCGGUCAGUAUCGUGGAUUCGUCUUGCAUUGACUGAGCCAAGCUGAAACUGUGUUUCCCAGAAUGUCCUUCCCCGUGUGGAUCCAGAUGGUGCGGCCCCUAAGACAUGUGGCGCAAGAGAUUCAGAAGGGGAGCGCAAAGCAGCAGGAACUUCUUUUUAGUCCAGAGAUGCCACUGCAGUUCAUGCACACGGGUCCUUCUGUGCUGCUUCACGCUUUGGAAAUUCAGAACACAGAAGUCAAAGAGAAGAUCCCGGAAGCAGUGAGAGAAUGUUGCAAUGGCCACAAAAGAACAACACUGAAAACGAUAGCAGGCUUCUCGGUAACACGCUCAGUGUCAGGUUCUCGAUCCCGGGCUGGGUGUGUGUUUAGCUCCCUGCCACAGGGCACCAGUUUCUUUGGGUUCCUGUUUGUCCUUGCUUCUCUCACGGCACAUGCAUCUUCUGUCUUUGACAGCCCUCAUCACUCGACCGGACACAGAUACAGCAGCAUCAUAUAGAAGGUUUGACCAGGGUCACCUGGCUGACUCUCUCGGUUGAGCGUCCGAAUUCGUCAGGUCACAAUCUCGCGGUUUGUGAGUUCGAGCCCUGCGUUGGGCUCUGUGCUGACAGCUCAGAGCCUGGAGCCUGCUUCUGAUUCUGUGUCUCCCUCUCUCUACCCCUCUUCCUCUCAUGCUCUGUCUCUCUCUGUCUCUCAAAAAUGAAUAAACGUUAAAAAAAUUAAAAAUAAAACAAAUUUAAGGUUUAA